AUGGCUGACGAGCACGAGACCUUCGAGUCCGCCGAUGCCGGCGCCUCGGCCACCUACCCCAUGCAGUGCUCUGCUCUGCGCAAGAACGGUCACGUUGUCAUCAAGGGCCGCCCCUGCAAGAUCGUUGAGAUGUCCACCUCCAAGACUGGCAAGCACGGUCACGCCAAGGUCCACAUCGUCGCCAUCGAUAUCUUCACCCAGAAGAAGCUUGAGGAUCUGUCCCCCUCCACCCACAACAUGGAUGUCCCCAACGUCUACCGCAAGGAAUACCAGCUCCUUGACGUUACUGACGACGACUUCCUUUCCCUGAUGGAUGAGGCCGGUAACACCAAGGACGACGUCAAGGUCCCCGAGGGUGAGGUUGGCGACCGUAUCCGCCGCAUGUUCCACGACGAGGAGAAGGACUGCAACGUCACCAUCCUGUCCUCCAUGGGCGAGCAGGUCUGCAUGGAUGUCAAGGAGGCUCCCAAGGGCAACUAA